AUGUCUAAUAUAAUUUUAGCAUUGAGGGCUACACAAACACCUACACGCCUGGCUCAAGCCUCUGCGGAUUGCACACGCAUCAUCGAUGUUACUUACACCCCUCCUACGGUAACAAAAACAGAGUAUUCCACUGUUACAGUGACAGAUAUUAGCACGAUCCCUAGCACACUGGUCGAAACAUUCUUUGACACACAGACCGAUGUAAUCCAGGCCACGGCUACGACGGAUCUGUUGACUACCAUCACAAAACCGGCCAAUAAAAAGAGGGUGGUUACCUCAAGCUCUAUCAGUUUCCCUGCCUAUGCGACUCCAUGUUCUGGAUUCUACCGUUUUUCCAGUGCUUGUUCCUGUAUUGGUGUCACCCCAAGAAUCAUUACCGCCUCUGCACCAUCGACUACCGUCACGCUACAAGUUACCGAAACAAGUCUCACAGAAGUCACCAAAGUCGUUGAGACUACUUCGGUUACAAUCACGGAUGCUACCGUGAGCGUCACGACGACUGAUAAAAUAGUUAUAAAUACAAUUGCAACAACUGUUGAGGCGCCUCCAACCGAAAUCACCCAAAUAGGUCGAAUUUACGUCAACAACGCUGCUCGAGACUCCUACAUAGGAGAAAAGGUCUUGUCAUCAAAUGUCCCAUACGCUUACUACACAAAUAAUGUAAAUGAGGCAAUACCUCUCCGACUUGAUUCCAAUGGUCAUCUCUGGACUGGGGGCAGGGUCGCUAAGGGAAAUCCCACCAACAGUGGUGCCGGUAGUCUACUAUUCUCCUUUGUUGACCCAGACGUUUCCACAGACACCCGUGAACCAUUUUUUUGCACUAAAGAUGCAGAAUCCUUUAUCAUUUGCACGGUCGGUCCUCAAACACCGCCAGUACCAUUGUCUUUCACCUGGAGGACCUCCGGUUUCAUUUACAUCUCUUCCUACGAAAACGCCAAUACGAACAAUUAUGUAAUUAUCAAAUUCAAACUACAAUAG